AUGUCUGAUCAAAAUCAAAUUCAAGGAGUUGCCUAAACUUUAAGCUAGAGAAAAGCUUAACAAAAAAAAGUGCAGAGUCUUCCUCCGCAAAGAGUAGGGACAAAUAUAAAUAACCAAGAGCAGAGUUACUACACUGAGGCAGAUAUACCUCAACUUAUUAAAAAUAGACUUGGUUAUAAUCAAAUGAGGUUAUUUGUCGAUUCAGACGAGGAGAAUACUCUAAGAUCAACCAUGAAGAAUUUUGAAGUUGAAACACUCCAGAGUGAUAGAUAUUAGAAAGAAGAUGAUAAUUUUGAAAAGAGUGACAAAGACUCUAACUUUUCAUCAUAAGAUGAUGAUAGCCAAGAAGAUGAAUUUGAAGUUUAGGAUUAAGGCUAGACAAGAGGUGGUUAAAGAUAAUCUAAAAGACAAAAGGAUAAAGACUAAUAGAACUCAUCUGAUAGUCAAUUUGAAGUUGAAAUAAAGCACUAGAAAGGCUAAGAUAAUAAAGCUAAAGGUAGAUAAAGAGUUGAGAAAGAUGCAAAUAAGCAAAAUCAAAAUUAAUCUGCUCAGCAGGAGGUACUGUCAGUAGAUUAAAUGAAAAGGAUUAUUAUAAAGAGAGCUAGGAUUGAAUAAUGGAUUGAAAGUCCCUAUUUCAAGGAUUUGAUCAAAGGAACAUAUGUGAGAGUUAGUCAUAAUAAUACUUACAGACUGGGAGAGGUUGUUGAUGCUUAAGAUAAAAAUACUGAAUAUGAACUUGGAUAAGUAAAAACUAAUAUAUAGAUUAGCAUCAAGAUUGGUUAGUCAGAGAGAUGGUAGAAAUGCGCGCUUAUUUCUAAUUAGGAUGCCACAGAAGGUGAAUUUCAACUUCUUAUGGCAGCAAGAAGAGAAUGCAAAAAUAAACCAGUAACUUUAGAGAGUGUUAAACUGAAGGUAUAACAAAUUAAGGAAUUAGAAAAACUGAUUGCUAAUCCUGAAGAAGUAGAGAAAAUGGUAAAUGAUAAAAUGAGGAAAAAAUUCUAAGAUGGAAACCUUAAAGGCUUAAAUUUAUCUUCAGUGAGAAUUGAGUUAGAAAAUAAAAUUGGCAUAUUCUAAUAGAAACUUAAAGAGGAGGAUAUUCAAAAGGAUGCAAGACAGUACUAAGAUAUUUUGACAAUCAUAAAAGGCUUUUAAAAAGAUUUAGAGAAAGUAGAUGAAGCUAUCAAGUUAGAAGAAUUAAGUAGAGGAAAUUACAUGAGAACAGUAGAAGCUGGUCAAGCUAAAUACGAGAAUAUUGAGUAUCUAGAAAAGCUAAGAGAAGCAGAAGAAUGGACAAAGUAUCAGGAUUACAUGAAAAAGAAUCCUAAUGCUAAAAAGCAACCUUUUUUCAUGAAAAUUUUAAGAUAGGAUAGCUCCCAAAUGACUGAAGCUGAAAAAUAAAGACUUGAAAUGCAGAAGGAGAUAGAGCUUAUUAGACUAAGAUCUCAGUUAUCAUUUGAAGAAAAUAAAAAAGAGUCUUACUACUAGUAAAUGGAAAGGAAGAAGAAGCAGUACAUUCAGUUCCAUUAGAGUUUAAGUUUCUCAUUUGACUAAGAAAUAUAAAUAUAAGAAAGCGAUGGCAAAUUUUAAGCAAAUGUCCCCUUUGACAUUAAAACCUUCAAUGAAGAUUAUAAGCCAGCUUAAAUAAAUCAAGAGUGGAUGAAAGCCUUUGAUCAAGCUUGCGAAAAAGAUAGAGACUACACAAGCCAAAAAGCAAAGAUUGUAAAUUUUGACGAAUAUUUCAGGCAAUGA